CUCCUAAUAAGUCGAAUUGCGAUAAGUAUUAUCGCCUCGUUGACAAACAUAAGGCUCGAUUGGCCAUUGGUUUACUUAAAGAUAAAAAAAUCUUAGCUGUCACUUUUGUGACGUUUCUAAGUGUAUGCAUAACGAAACAUACGCUCAAUCAUCUAAUAAUUGCAUACUUCAUAUAACAUUAAUAUUCUUUUUCGAAUUUUGCUUAUAUCAUUCAUAUAUGUAAAAUUUUCAAUUAUAAAAACUGUUUUUUAUUGUUUUUUGUUAAAUUAACCAUUAUAUUUCACAACUGACGAUUCUGUAGGAUUAUCUUUUUAUUACUUUUUAUAAAAAUAUUGACCUUAAAUCAUCUGUUCGUCUUCUAUCAGUUUUUGAUUGACCUGUUGCUUUUAAAAAGUUUUACUGCGAUAUCAAUACAUAAGAAAAGAAAUUUAGUAUAUUAUUUAAAUCUAAAAUUAAUGCAUAAUGUCAAAUUAUCCAUAUGAAUAUGUAAGAUGUCUAGAUAUGGAACAAAUAGGAGACUCGCCUCAAAGACAAUCCCAUUCUUUGGAAGGAUUUACUCCCCUUAUCACCAUCGCUGAAACAUGUGGUGGGCUUCUUAUAAUUUUAGUAGUGAUAUGGACAACUUAUUACAGAAACGGUUUCUCCUGGAGAUCUAAUCCAAGCCUAGAAUUUAAUUGGCAUCCUUUAUUAAUGACUAUUGGACUUGUGUUUCUAUACGCCAAUGCUAUGCUUCUCUACAGAACACAAAGAAAUGUUCGCAAACGACGACUAAAGCUGACGCAUGCAGGAAUGAUGUUAUUUAUUGUUAUGUUAACAGUGAUCGCUUUAGUAGCAGCUUUUGACAGCCACAACUUAGCUUCUCCUCCUAUACCGAAUAUGUAUACACUGCACAGCUGGGUGGGAUUGACGACUGUAAUAUUAUUUUGUUGCCAGUGGGUUGCCGGAUGUGUCACAUUCCUCUUUCCUGGACUGCAAACUCCAUUACGAGCUUCUUACAUGCCGAUACAUGUAUAUUUUGGCGUUGCAGCUUUUAUUGGUGCAAUUGUAUCGUGCUUAUUGGGACUCAAUGAAAAAGCAUUUUUUGUAUUGAAGGAUAAAUACGCAGCUUUCGAAUCUGAAGGAGUGUUGAUAAAUAUUAUAGGAUUGCUACUCAUAUCAUUUGGAAGUUUAUCUGUGUAUUUGGUGACGCAGGAACGUUAUCGACGUUUGCCAAGACCCGAGGAUGACGUCUUACUAGCCCGCUGAUAUGCAAAUUUUGAUGUUUCCUACUCUUCUUCUUGAUAUAACAAUUUCAAAUUUGAAAGCUUAAUGGAAAGUAUUUACAAGAUCUUGAAUAUUGCAUGUUUUACAUAUGAUAUAUGUAUACAUAAUGUUAUAAAUAAGGCUGAUUUUAUUAAUCUAGACAGCAUUUUAUUUAAUAUAAAGGAAAUGGGUAAUAUUUUAUUAUAUUCUAGUCUAAAAAUUUAGUAUUUUAUUAAAUCGUAAUUUUAUACAUUCUUGACAG